AUGUAUUCAUCUAUAAGACUUCGGACCAUGACCUCCAAGGGGACCCAGACUGUCAGCUUGCCUAAACGCCAUCUCAAGAAUCCCUACUGUUGGCUGGAACCCCUCUGCAUAUUCAUGCUCAUCGCCCUGACAUGUUUCUACUACGUUUAUGAUGUUUUCUAUGUGGUGCCGCAGCUAUUUGGUUUCCUAGGACAGACACUCAACUUUCUGAUCUGCACUUGGAUUCUUUAUAAUAUUUUUGGAAAUCUUUGGGCCUGCUACAGGACUACCAGCUCGGUGAACACUUUGCGUUAUGAUCAAAUGCAGCCUGUAAGGGGUGAGGAGCACCUGUGGCGUUAUUGCAAUGAAUGCGACAGGCUAAUGCCGCCCAGAGUCUGGCACUGUAAAAUCUGCAAUUGCUGCAUUUUGAAACGGGAUCACCACUGCAGCUUCACGGCCAACUGUAUUGGGCACAAUAAUCAGCGUUACUACAUUUGGUUGAACUUUCACCUGACCUUUGGAGCCGGUCUGCUGCAGUUCUACAAUUUCACUAUGGCCUUAAGGCAUGGCUUCAGAAAUGACUUUUGGUUGCCGAUUCUUCUUGUCGAGGAUGCUCUCCGUCCGUCUAGAUCGGACCUUUUGUAUUCCUACCUAGUGAGAACCAUCUUUUACGUUAACUUAGUUUGCCUUAUCCUUCCGAUGUUAAUUUUUAUCUACCAAAUUCUAUUGGUUCGAAGCAAUGCCGUCUCCGCAGACUCAUCGGAUCGCAAGUACGAUCUCGGAAUAGGACGCAACUUUGCCCAGGUCUUGGGUAACCGAGGAUUCUGGACCAUGCUCUCGCCGACAAUGGAGAGUCCGCUGCCCCACGAGGGCAUCCAGUGGCAGUCCAAGCAUACCGUCUAAAUGAUCCGAUUUGAUACCCCUAUUCACGUGCUUUCCAAAUUAUAUAUUCGUUGCCCAUGCCAGCCAUAGACAAUCGAGUUUUUCGCUUCA